AUGGCUUCUUCAAUCACUGCCGUUUCGCCCACCCGUCGUUCGCCUUCGCCGAUCGUUGUGCCUGCUUACAGGCAGAGCCUCCUCUCAACCCACAGCAGCAUGCUGUCAUCGUCAGCUACAUCCUACAAGACCGCCCCCGUCUCUGCCGCUGCCUCGCGCCAGUCUCUUCCGCUGUCUACGACGUCCACUGCGUCGUCUCCUCACACCAUCACCAAUCGAGAUGGAGACGACAGCACCAACAAUGAGCAACCUCAGAUUAUCAUGGUCACCAGUGAGGUGGAGGUAGAAACCGGGCCUGCUGGCCAAGAUAGUUAUUUUACCAGAACGACGGUGACAAAGUCGGUGACGACGGAAACGGUGCAACCAAGCAGUGACGAAGUCCACUUUGGUCCGCCCCCGCCCUCUCCCCCCGCCAGCGUUGAAAGAGACGAACUGGAGCCGCCGCCUCCUCCCAGUCGACUACUACCCGCGUCGCAUUCAGAUUCCGUCAUUCGCGAGUCCUCCACUACUGCUCGAGAACGUCAAGCAUCAUCCACAUCUUCUCGAUUGACAGCCAGGUCAUCCACAUUCGACACUACCCUCCACAGGGCCUCAACCGACACCAAAGGCUCUCUUCCAACCCUCCGUUACGCCUCUCCCCCCACCGCCGCCGGCGAAUCAUCAUCAAAAUCAGCAGCAUACGAUCCAUACCUCCAGCCUCCGGUCGCCAUCAUACCCAUGCGUCCAACUCGUCGAAACACAACAGGUUCAAGCCCCAUCGCUGCCAGUUUCAAGCGCGGCCAUCAGACACAUACGAGGCAAUAUGGGAGCUCGUCGCAUUCACCUGAGGAUGCGUCGUAUAUCGGUGAAGCGGGGAUAGAGCUCGCGUCUGAUAUUGAGAUUGCUGCGGAGCAGAUUAGGAGGGAGAGGAUGGAGAAGAGGGCGAAGCAGCAGCUGCAACAAGAAGCGGAGGCGGCGCUUACGCGCGCUGAGGCGCGGCCCAAGUCUGAGCAGGAUAUGCCGCUUGUGGGGAAUCUUAUUGGGGAGGAUCAUGUGAAUUAUGUGUUGAUGUAUAAUAUGUUGACGGGUAUACGUAUCGGGGUUUCUCGAUGUCAAGCUAAAAUAAAACGACCACUGACGAUAGAAGACUUUACCGCGCGUCACAAGUUUUCAUUCGAUAUCGUCGGAAACGAGCUGACUCCGUCUGCAAAAUACGACUUCAAGUUCAAGGAUUACGCGCCUUGGGUAUUUCGCACACUUCGAGAAGACAUAUUCCAUCUAGACCCCGCAGACUACCUCCUCUCCCUCACCGCAAAAUACAUCCUUUCCGAACUCGGAUCCCCCGGCAAAUCAGGCUCCUUCUUUUAUUUCUCGCGAGACUAUCGGUUCAUAAUCAAAACCAUCCGACACUCUGAACAUAAAUUCCUCUUGUCCAUCCUCCCACAAUACUUUGACCACGUCAAAGAAAACCCACAUACGCUGCUUAGUCGGUUUUACGGGUUACACCGCGUCAAGCUCCCCCGAGGUCGGAAAAUCCAUUUCGUGAUCAUGAACAACCUCUUCCCACCACAUAAAGACAUCCACGAGACGUAUGAUCUAAAGGGGAGUACGGUUGGCCGUGAGUACCCCGAAGACAAAGCCGCGCGAAACCCACGGGCUGUGCUGAAAGAUUUGAAUUGGAUAAAGAGGGGGAAGGCGUUGGAUUUGGGACCGGAGAAGAGGGCGUUGUUGACGGAACAGCUUAGGAGGGACGCGGAGUUUUUGAGGGGGGUUAAUGUUAUGGAUUAUAGUCUUUUGGUGGGGAUACAUAAUAUGCAGAGGGGGAAUAGGGAUAAUGUUAGGAGGAAUACGUUGAAGGUGUUUUCGCCGGACCUACCCAACUCCCUAGGCCGCUCAAAAACAACUUCAGGAGGACACAAAUCCCCCGAAGCCAUCGCCAUGCGUCGGGCCAUGCGGUCCUCGGACCCAAAGCGGCUAGGCAAACAUACUAUCCGACUCCCCGAAGAAGAUAUCGGGGAUCGACUUCAGUUGAUCUUUUAUCAAGACGAGGCAGGGCUGAGGGCGACGGACGAAGGCAAUGAAGGGUUGGAUGUGAUUUAUUAUUUGGGCGUUAUUGAUAUUUUGACGCCUUAUUCACUUGUGAAGAGGGCUGAGCAUUUGUGGAAGGGGUUGAAGGCUGAUCGGACUUGUGUUGGGUUCACGUCUUGCGCCGCCGUUUUUCUCCCUCCUCCUCGAUCACCCGCCCGCCUCCCUAGGCCGUUCGUUCAUACGGCAAGCUCCCACCCAUCCGCUACCGCGGUCCCUCCCGUCCUUCUCCACUCCACCCAGCCAUCCCUUCAAACCAAACCAAAUUUAACGAACCAACCCCAUUGCUGGAAGUCAGAAGUCAGAAAAAGUCCCACCACAAGAAAAGAGACCCCUGCAAUCACAAAAAAACCAUUCAUCCAUCCAUAUACUGUAUCAACCACACACGCCUCCCACCCGGACCUCACUCACUCAAACUCAAAUCACGCUAGCAUAAGCAAUACCCGGGUUCAUAAUUUCAAUUCCUUAUCACUCAAUUUAACUAUCUCUCCACCCACGCUCAUUUGAUCGAUCUCUCACUCCUUAUACCUCCCCAUUUUCCUUUCCUUUCGAACGCGUAUCUUUUUUGUAUCUAUAUACGAUUUGUCUCUCUCUCUGACUCUCUGGACUUUCUCUCCCUCGAGCUAUUGGCGUUCUCGUCGCCCUCACUGUCCUUUUUCGAUAGCUUAUCUCUAUAGCGAACUAUGGUUUCUUUUGGGCAUGACCACCACACUCAUUCAUUCAUUCGUCUUCUACGAUACAACUGCUUCUUCCCCUUCCAAAAUUCGACAUUCAACAUGCCUCCUGCGUCAAGUUG